AUGCUUGCUUUUAUUUUUCCCGUUAAGCAUUCUUGUGAAACUCUCUUUCAUAUAAUCGACUUCUGUUAUUUCCCUCCCGGUCAUAUCUGCUUAAAUGGUUGCCAAAUGAUUAUCUAUCUACCGCCAAACCGACACCCAGCGAUUCCCACCUUCCUGACGAUUUUUGACACUUUUUUGUAUCCCACGCAUCUGUCUUAUUCUCUCUCUCUCUCUCUCUCUCUCUCUCUCUCUCUCUCUCUCUCUCUCUCUCACUAUCUAUCUGGCUUUCACUUUUACAACAUAUUAUUUUCUUUUGCUAUUUUUUUUAUUAGCUUUGUCGUAUAUCUUUUUGCUGAAUCUUUCUUUCUUUCUUUUCUUUCUUUUGUUUUUCUUUCUUUCUUUUGUCAGACCACAAUAUUUAUUUUUUUCGUCCCGAUCAAUAUCAUUUUUUUUUCAUCCUAUCUUUUAUCAUUUUUCUUUCAUUCACUCCUUCAUAGUUUCUUUAUUUAUUUUUCCUUUCUUUCUUUCUUUUAUAUUUUUAUUUAUCCCUCUCAUAUAAGAGUAUUUUCUUUCUUUCUUUCUUUCUUUCAAAUAUUCUUUUGUUUAUCUCUAUUUUUCUUUCUUUCUUUUAAAAUUUUCUUUAAUUUAUCAAUAUUAUAUAUAACAGUCAUUUCUUUUUUUUUUCUUACUUUUUCAUCGUCAAGCCACUACAUUUUUAUUUUAGUUACUUCAAUAUCAUUCUUUCUUUCAUUUAUUCAUUCAUUCUUCCAUUCAUUUUUUCCCAUAAUUCUUUCUUUCUUUCAGAUAUGUCACAGCAUUUAUCUUUUAGUUCUUAUCAAUAUCAUUCUUCCUUCUUUCUUUCGUUCGUUCCGUCUUUCUUUUUUUCUUUCUUUCCUAAAAAAUAAUUUCUCCUCUCUUUUCUCAUCAAAUGUUGUUUGUCAUUAA